AUGAAGGUUAACAGGAAUUUACUCCAAAAGCUAAAGGAAAAAAAUAUUAAUUUAGAUAUUGACAAAUUUUCAAAGUAGCUAAGAACUUAAAGCAAUGCCCCGACACAAGUUUCUAGCUCAGAAGUAGAUUCCAUGGACUCUUCCUUUAUGAUGCAAUCAAUUAAUAUUACUCCUGGAGCAGCUGCUUUAAAUUCUAACAUUAGAAUUAGGCCCAUAAGCGCUAAAAGAGAAGAAAGUGGUGAUAUUUUAGCAUAGAGUUAGAUGGGGUUUUCAAAGACUUAAAGCACCUUCGUUAAAAAAGACAGUAAAAAACAAAUAUUGUCUAAUAAUUCUUAGUAUCAGCAAUUAAUAGAAAUGAGGUUAAACUAAUAGUCAAGUCAAAGCAGCAGAAGUUCUGCAAGUCAGACUAAUAGGUUAAAAGGAAAUGAUAGUUAAAGUUAAUUAAAAAAUUAAGCAAAUAGCCAGAAUGGGAAUAAUAUAAUGGUUAAAACUAUGACUUAAUCAUUUUAUAAAAGCACGAAACCUGAUCCUAAGAAAGAUAACGGAACAAAAGAAACAUAGUAAUAUAAACCACCUCUUCCUGCUAAUAAUGAAUCAAGUUUACUGAGAUAAAGCUCAAUAAGAGAUAGAUAAGGUAGUGCAGAGCCGAUGAGAGUUAGUAUAUAUAAAGAUAGUGAAUAGAAUAGAAUUAGGGAAUAGCUUUUAAAUUACAGCGGAAGUGAACAACUAAGCGAUUUCGUUUAGGAUGAUGAAGAUAAUUUAAUUUAUGAAGAUCAACCAAAUCAAUUGCUUAAAAAGACAUCUUCACAAAAAAAGAGCAUUGACGCGAGUGAAUAGGAAUAUGAAAAUGACAAUUAAAUGAUUAGCUUCAAUAAGGAAAGGGGGAGGAGUAAAGACAGUAAAGAAGAAAAACUGAAGAAAAUGUCAUCAACGAAAAUAUAAAACAGUAGAGAUAACUCUGAGGAGUAGUUCGACAGCUAGUAAAAAUUAGAUGAAUUACUUUAGGAAUAUGAUAGAAAGAAUAAUGAUGAUAAUAAUUCGGAAGCAAAUUCUUUUGAUGAUGAGUUAAUGAUUUAAGUGUAAUAAUAAUUCAUUUCAGAAACUAUUACAGCCGAACUGAUUGAAAAAAUAACUGGUGCAAAAUAAGAAGACUUUGAUAAAAUUAGGCGCAUAGCAAUUCGUCAUGAUUGUGAAUAGGACUCACUUUAGGUUUUAGGUGAAAUGUGUCCAAAUAUUAGCGAAUUAAAUAUAAACGAUUCAAUUGCUAACACUUUGAGAGAUAUUGGAACGAGCAUGAGAAAUCUUAAAAUAUUAAUGGUCUCUCGAGUUCGUUUGCAAGAUCUUUCCGGUUUAAAUGCAUUUCCACUUCUUUAGGAACUUUAUGCUUCUUACAACUAAAUUAAAAAUUUAAAUGAUUUGUAUUUUAAUGAGAAUAUAGAAGUUUUAGACCUUGAGGGAAAUGAAAUUACUGACAAUGAUUCAAUUGAAGUAAUUGAGACUAUGUCUAAGGUGAAAAUUCUUAAUUUAAUAUAAAAUCCUAUAAGUAAGAAGGAGGAUUAUAGACAGCUUAUUCGCUAAAAAUUACCUUAAUUGUAGAUUUUAGAUGAUAUACCUAUUGAAUAAAACGUGGCUGAAUAAUCAACUUCUAAAACAGGUCUUAGAAGACGCCUUCUCCCUUCUUCAAAAGCUUAGUAAAAAAAUGAAGAGGAGGAAGAAGAAGAUUUAUAUGAAGCAUUAAAGAAGCUGAACUGGAAUGGAGAAAAAUUUUUAUCUGAUGAUGUUAUAAAAGAGUUAGAUCAAGAAUUAAAAUAGGAGCUUCCUGAAGAAGAGCUUCUAAUCUACUCAGUUAAAAAAACUAUGACUAAAGGAAAUAAAAAAUUAACUAUAGAUGAAAAUAAUCAGUAUGUAUCUAUGAAAAAUAGCAACAUUUUUGGUUAAACCAUCAAUAACGAUUUUAAUUCCACCUCUUCUAAUUUUAGAAGACCAUAAACUGCUUCAAUUCCUUCGAAAAAUUCUAAUACAAAUUCCACCAAUCCAUUUGCAGCAAAAUAAACUUUACCUGACUCAUUAAGCAGUUUAGUCGAAGGUACUGACCAAGCAUUUUAUGGUAAUCCUCUAAAAGCUUUAAAACAUAAAAGAAAAAAUGAAUUUCUAACAACAAAAAAGAAUGAUAAUAUAGACUAAGAAACCGUUACAUAGAUGGCAAUACCUAAAAAUAUAGUAAAUCUUUUAGAUUAGUUCAAACAAGAAACUAAUGAUGAGGGUAUGAAUAAACUUAAAGAAGAACUUAAAUUUUAUGACUUUAUGGUUGAGUAAUAAAUUAACUUACAAAAAAAGAAGUCUUUAGGAGAUGCAAUCAACUAAAAUCAAAACGAAGUAGUUGCAGAUUCAAAUGUUUAAAAAGUCAAAGUUAUGUUUAAAAGACCAUAAGUAAAAUUAAGAACUACUUCUUCAUAAGCUUAAAACGAAACAAAAAAUUUGUAAUCAGAUCAACAAUUUAAUAUUUAACAAUAAUUUAAAGAUCUGUAAGUAAAGUCUAGACUACCUGUAAGACCUACUCUUAUGCAGAAUAAAUUAUUAGAAAAUGCAGGUAAAUGA